GCUUAUUGAUGAGGGGCUGCAGGCCAAGCACACAGAGGGAGAAAUCAUUCAAGGUGUACUUCGUAUCAUCAAACCAGGACAAUUUAAGGAUAUGCUGAUCAGCAAAGAUGAUCUGACUGCCAGAGAACUAAAGAGCCUGCUACGAUCACACUUGAGUGAAAAGAGUGGGAGUGAGUUAUUUCAGGAGUUGAUGAGCACAAAGCAACAUGAACAUGAGACCCCCCAACAGUUUCUUUACAGGUUGAUUGGACUGAAACGGAAGGUAAUUUUUGCUUCUAAACAAGAUAACCUGGACAUUGAAUAUGAGCCACGAACAAUUCAGAAUGUAUUUCUGCGUACUAUUCACCAGGGCCUUCUCCCGAAGUACUGUGAUAUUCGAAGUGAACUUAAACCACUGCUAUCUGACUAUACUGUUUCAGAUGAGGCUCGAAUAAGAAGAGUUAACAAAGUGUCAAGUGAGGAGGGUGAGCGACAAAGAAGACUGGGACAUUUUGCUCGUCAAAAGACCUCCCACAGCAAUGGUGUAUGGUGGAGGAAGUUUCUGCUGAACAGCUGUUCUGUAACCAGGAGACGAGCCCCAGGCAGGACCAGGAGGAACUGCAGCCUCUACAGAUUAAACAGGAAGAAGAGGAACUCUAUAGCUCCCAGGAGGAAGAAGAUCCAGAGCUAAAGGAGGAGACAAAUGGAAACAUACUGUUUACUGGUUGUGAGGAAGACUUCCCACAGCAUCAUGUCUGUAUGGGGGAGGAAGCUCCUACUGACCAGCUGCUCUGUGACCAGGAGAGGAACUCUGAUCAGGACCAGGAGGAGCCAGAACCUCUCCAAAUCAAAGAGGAACAGGAGGAAUACUGCAGCUCUCAGGAGGAAGAGCAGCCUGCACCACAGGUGGAGUUCAUGCCGACUCCUAGUUGUGACGAAGGAGGGAACACUGAAUCAGAACAAUACACUAAUGAUGCUGAACUGAAGCCAGAAGUGAGACAGUACAAUAUUAAUAUGGACUGGGCGGACUUUAUGGGUGAUGCAUUAAAAAAGCCUUUUAAAUGUGGCUUUUGUGGAAAAACCUUUCAGUUUAAAUCCAAACUGAUCAGACAUGUGGCGACCCACAUGAGUAAAAACACAUUCUCAUGUGGCAUUUGUAAGAAAUCCUUUAAUCAGAACUGCCAACUGAUCCACCACAUGAGAAUCCACACAGGUGAGAGGCCCUGUGGAAAAAUGUUCAGCCAACACAGUAGCCUGUUGAUUCACAAGGGGGAGAAGCCCUUCGUUUGUAACACGUGUGGAAAACGCUUCACUAAAUCCUACAUCCUGAAAAGACAUGCAAGACUCCACACAGGUGAGAAGCCUUUUACCUGCGGCAUGUGUGGGAAAUCCUUCAGUCGAAGGGACCAUAUGUUGGGCCACAUAAGAACCCACCAUGGUGAGAAUGCUCCUGUGCGCAGUGACUUUGGAGAGGCAUUUAUCCCCUCGGCGUCUCUGAGCAACCAGACGGUGAUCCACCCAGCCAAAAAGCCCUAUUCUUGCGAACAAUGUGGAAAAUAUUUCCGAAGGCAUCGUACCUUUUUGUGUCACAUGAAGAGCCACAGGAGCGUGAGGCCGUUCAUCUGUAAGACUUGUGGAAAACAUUUCAACCAGUCAUCGAAGCUGAAAAGACACGAGCCAGUCCACACAGGUGUGAAGCCUUUCUCCUGCAGCACGUGCGGAAAGUCCGUGAGUAGAAGGGACCAUUUGUUGCGCCACAUGAGGACCCACGCAGAUGGGAACUCUUACGUUGAACACACUUCAUGAGCCCUAAAAAUACUGUACAUACGGUGACCGGACGCAGGCUUGAUGAUGGAAAGUGUGUGUAAAACAUUUAGAUAAUUAAAACUGUAUAAAAGUCACGUGAGGGAUCACAAAGAGGUGAAGAUGUUUUCCUUUAACAGUAGGAAUUUGAUUGUCCACACAGAUGAGACACGUUCUUCUUGCAAGGAGAUGUAGAAGAGGACAAGUGAUCAGGUGUAGUGUGAAAUUCAUGGUACUGACGGAUAGUUUAUGGUUUUAUAACCCGGGUACAGGGAAGCAAUGAUAGCUAGGUACUAUAAUAUGAGAAAUGGCUGUUAGUUAUAGAAACGAGAGUAAAACUUUUAAUCCAACAAUAGUUUCUUUAUAUUUUGAUCCAAGCAGCUCCAGCUAAUUUUACAAGAGUGUUUUGAUCCGUAGUUAUUCAGACAGGAUCAGAACUCUUUUUUCACUUAUUUCCAGCCACUGGCUGACCGUUUUUAGAUCAUUGUUUAUUAAGCCCCCUAACACUAACCUCAUUCAGACAUAAAAAGGCUUUGAAACUCAGGGGAUGAAACAUGUUGUAGUCUUGUUUUUUAUUGCAUUGAUUUUCCAGUUUACAGAAAUAUUGAAGGAAUCUGCUUUAUUUGGCUGCUGCUGUUUGUUCGUUCGGUUGGAUGUUAACCCAUGGACAACAGUUACUGCUGUUUUUACAUGUUAGUGUUGUCUUUGUUCAGGGAACAAAUGAUAUGUCCAAGGUAUUUUUAUAUUUAAUACUGUUUUAAGCUCAAUCUUUAUUGAAUAGUUUGAUUCUGUUUUAUUUUGUUUGUGCAAAAAAAAAAAAAAUUUGAUUGUAAAUUAAUCCAGUCUGAAUUUCUUAAAAUAAAACAUUUUGUGAAAACAUCAA